AUAACGCACAGUCUGCACAGAAAGAGACAGAGGCAGUUACUCUGUCUCUGUCUGUGCAAGGUGGGAGGCUUCAUCCACGAACCAUCUCUCCUCUCUCCACACUUCAUUUACUCAGAGGCUCCUAUACCAUCCGUGCAGCAACAAACCAACAAAAAGAUCUGGAAUUAAGAGGGAAAAAAGCAUCCAGGGAUUGUGUUUAUUUAUUUUGGAAGAAUAUUUUGUCCGCUGCAUUCUUUGUGUGUGUGUGUGCGUGUGUGUGUGUGUUUCUGUGUGGGAGCUGUGGAUUUUACUGUGAUAAUGAACCCGUUUACAUCUGCAAAUCCUUGAGAUGGAUUGAAACUCAGUUUUCUUCACCGAAGAUUGCAAGUCAAAAGCCAUUUUAUUUUGGGGGAAGAAAAGGGAAAAAUAGAACAUCUUGGAUCCCCCCCACCCCCAGCAACGGAUUGGGAAACUAUUAUUUCGAUUGCAUCGUUGUAUGUGCGUUGAAUCGAACCUCAUGAGAAUCUGACUGACCAGAUCUUGCUUUAUCUCGUUUUCGGAUUUUUUUCCUCUGUGUUUGGGCUUGUAAGGCACACACACACAAAACACACACACACUGUUCAUCGGCCGUGUGAAGAUGAUGUGGAUUUCGUUCAUUCUGCCUUUCCUGGGGUACCUCGCCUCUACCGUUCAUGGGGACCAGAGACCCAGGAGUUGCUCGGACAUGAGGUAUCUCUACAGCUCCAAGGGAUUCGCAGUGACCGGGGUGCCUUCAACUGAAAUCUCUGGAGAGCACCUGCGGAUCUGCCCACAGGGCUAUACCUGCUGCACCAGCGAGAUGGAGGAAAACCUGGCCAAGAGGAGUCGCAGCGAGUUCGAGGGACUGGUGAGGAACGCCAGCCGGACAGUGCAGGCGAUGCUCAAGGGACAGCACGACAGCUUUGACAAUUAUUUCCAAGAACUGCUGGACCAAUCGGAAAAGAACCUUCACAGGAAGUUCACACACAUGUACGGACUGCAUUACUUUGAGAAUAGCAAGAUCUUCAAGGAUCUAUUCAACGAGCUGCGCCGCUACUACAAGGGUGCCAACAUCAACCUGGAGGAGGUGCUGAAUGAGUUCUGGUCAAGGCUGAUGGAGCGCCAGUUCAAGCACCAGAACCCACACUACCAAAUCAGCGAUGACUACCUGGAGUGUAUGGUGAAGCACGCAGAGCCACUGAGGCCCUUCGGUGAGGUGCCUCGCUUCUUCAAGAUACGGCUAACCCGGGUCUUCAUUGCAGCUCGUUCCUUCGUCCGGGGACUCAGCAUUGGCACAGACGUGGUGCGGAAGGUCUCUCAGGUACCACCAAGCCCUGAGUGUGUCCGAGCCAUGAUGAGGCUGACGUACUGUCCCCACUGCCGGAGCAUGGCGAGUGUGAAACCCUGCAACAAUUACUGCCUCAACAUCCUGAAGGGCUGCCUGGCCAAUCAGGCUGAUCUGGACAGUGAAUGGAGGAACCUAGUUGACUCUAUGCUUCAGGUGGCUGACAAGUUUAAUGGCCCAUCAAACAUGGAGUCGCUGGUUGAUACAAUUUAUUUGAAGAUCUCUGAAGCGAUACAAACCAUGCAAGAUAACAGAGCUCAUAUUUCCUCAAAGGUUCUGCAGGGGUGUGGUAACCUCAAAUCUGUGGCCAAACGUUCAGUGGAGGAUGAUGCAAGAAAACGCGGGAAGCCCUAUGGGGUUGAGGAGAAGCCGGUUGGUUCAGUCACUCUGCCCAUGGACAGACUGGUUACCGAAGUCAAGAUGAAGCUGCGAGACGUUAGAGAGUUGUGGGUCAUCUUGCCGAGCGUCCUGUGCAGCGAGAAGGUGACUGCGGGCUCAGCCAAUGAGGACAGGUGCUGGAAUGGACAGAGCAGAGGGAGGUACCUUCCAGAGGUCAUGGCGGAUGGACUGGCCAAUCAGAUUAAUAAUCCAGAGGUCGAGGUUGACAUCACGAAACCAGACAUGACCAUUCGCCAGCAGAUCAUGCAAUUGCGGAUAAUGACCAAUCGUCUGCGGAAUGCCUACAAUGGCAACGAUGUGGACUUCCAGGACACCAGUGACGACAGCAGUGGAUCUGGAAGCGGCGAUGCCUGCUCGGAGAAUGGCUGCGGUCGGAGAAGGUCCUUCAAUGUGGCAACGAGGUCUCCCGUAGUCUACGCCAUCCCGAAACAGAGUGGGAAAACCAAAGCCGGUAACGGGAGUGAAGCACUGCGACACUCGGCCGGCAUCCUCUACUUGUUAUCCUUGGCCAUCGCCCUGCAAUAUUUCUGUCGGUAGAAUCGUUCCUGGGGCAUGAAAGAGGGUGAGAGAGAGAGAGUGAGAGUGAGAGAGAGUGUGAGAGAGAGAGAGAGAGAGAGAGAGAGACUGAGGCAAAAUCUUUGCCAAAAUGGACAAGAGUUUUGUUUAACUUUGCAACAUAAAAAAAUAAUCUUUUGGCUAUUUGUAAAUUCUGGCAGUGCUGGAGGUGAAUAAACUUUUGAAUCUUUGAAAGCCUUGGGGAGGGGAGUUUCCUCUGAGCAGUUUGAAGAGGGUCUAACACUCUUCAAGCCUGAUUUUUUUCCAGCUUUGCGGCAUCCAGUUGCUCUGAUCACCUGUCAACAAUGCAGCACACCCAAAGGCUCCCACUGGGAGGCCAAGUGUUUUCCAAGUAUCGAGAGACAAGAAAUAAAAAUAUCCUAAUUAUGACACUGAACUCCUUUACUUGAAAAUAAACAUCCCAGCAAAGUAUUAUCAGAUACAUUGACUGUAUGAACAAUCAGAGGGAUGUCAUGUUGGGUCUUAACCCUGUAAUUGCAAGUAAAUUGCAUCACUAUAGAUUACCAGGAGCACUUUUCCUGGAUUUUUUUUCCCAAUAACACAGCCAUCCAUUUCUACUUAGUAAUAGUAUAUGGAGCAAUGGUAUAAAUGUUUUUGGGCUGUGAAAGCAAAAUGGUUGUUGAUAAUUCCCAAAGGGUCAGGAAUGACUGACACUACUUGUGUAGUUUUUAACACUGUCAAGUUGGUAGAGAAUAUAUUAUUCAGUAUGGGAUCGUUAGUGGCUGGGCAUUGGGGAGGUUAUGUUCUCUGGGAGUUAAACAUUUUGGUCGUCUGCAGGAACCUGCGCAUGCAGAUGACUUACACUGGGCUUUCUUUUGAUGGAAGGGUUUAAAGGAACAAUAGAAUAGGCAGAGAAGAUGUUUUUAAAAAGAAAAUAAAAAUGAAUAGAAGCACACACACGCAACAGGCCCAACUUCAAGAUGACAUGGAGGAAGCUAUUUAAAAUUUACAAUCUGCCCAGGGGACUAAGUAAAAAGUUCCUGUGCUUUCUGGUUUCUAGUCUUCAACAUAGUGAAAGAAUGAGGCCAAUAAGUUGGUGUGGGCUUGGUGGGGAGGGGGGGAAUGGUGGCAAAAUGGAAUGGUUCUUAGAAUUGAUCCUGCCUUUGUAUGUUGUCCAUUAUGUGGUAGAAGUGUUUGUAGCGUUAUUGUGUUUUAAAAUAUGGCUGUCACUUCAAGCCCAGAAGGGAGUGGCUAGGGGAAAAAGCCUUGUACAUGAGCUAGGAUGGUGGGAAAUGUUAGGCCAGAAGAGAGUUGCCACUAUUGCAAAGAAUAAAGAAAAACUGACUGAACUGAAUAUAUUCAGAAUAUCUUACUGAGUGGCCGGGGAGUUAUAAGAGGGUGUGUGUCUGCUGACCCAGAUGCCGGGAAACCAUCCAGCUUCCUAUUCAUUCCAGGAAUUAACUUAGUCCUCAACAUUGUUUUUAGGUUUUACUGCUUUUCAGGGGGGAAAAAUAAAGUACAAAAUGAUACACUGAAAAUCAAAGUACAAGGUUAUACAGAAAAUGCAUGCUAUCUUCCAACUUAUUUAUAUGCACCCUAUAAAUUUUGUUUUAGGUUUUCAAAUUUCAGCUUAAAGCUAAUAACUUCCUCCCCUUACCUCCUUAAAAAAGUUUUGCAAUUCCCUCUUAUUAUUUGAAGUAUAGUUAAGCAUUGCCCAUGGUGGUGACUUAAUGUGCAAGCAAUGACCCUAGUUACAGUCUCACCCCCUGUGUACAGUUUGCCCUGUUUCACCGAUCAUAACCACUAGGUGACUGCAUAUCAACCCCCAUUAAAUAAACCUUGGUUUUGAGAAAAUAAUUGUUGGCUGAGUUACAAAUGUCACAAGGUAAUUAAUGUAGAAGAUUCAAAAACAUUUUUUCCACAAUUAUUCUUCAUGGCACGUUGACACAGCAGAAAGCACCAGAAGGAGCCUCAAAGGUGUAAAAGGGUAAAGCAAAGUCAAAUAUGUUAGCAGCUUAAAAUAGAGGCUGUCUGUCAGUACUCUGACAGAUUUAUAAAGAUUCCCAUUUCCAAACUCUGCAGAAACCAUGCAACUCUCCUCAGUGCAUUUAAUUUAUCAAGAGCUUGUUUGCUGGUUGAUCUCCUUCAGAAUAACCUUGCAGUUGAGGAUUUAAAUCCGCAUCCCUUUUAGACUGUUAUAACCUGUUUUUAUAUCAGUUCCUACUUUACUUACAUACUGCCAUUAUUCCAGCUGGUGAUUGUGAUUCUUUCAAAAGUAUAUAUUUUAAUAAAUUUUUGCACUGUCUUAACUUUCGGUUAUAAAAUAAAAUGUGAUUAGAACCCAAGCUGGUUUUAAUUUUAAGGACCUGGAAAAGUUGGAGUGACUGUCUUCUUGGUGCUUAUACUCAUCCUUCCAUUCCCCUGCCCCUCCUUUUUUCUAUGGUUCCUCACUGAAACAAAAGCUUCUGUUAAUUGCUGUUAUUCUCUGAGUAUGUUUAAUUCUUCUGCUCUGUGCAUUGUGUAAAGCCUUACUGGAAAACUAUAUGUUGUUAAUGUAUAAUCUCCAGUCUUGUUCAUGCUGCCCCUUUAUGUGCCCUAUCUUUCAUUUUUCCCUCUCACUCUCCACAUCUUUUCCACUCAUCCUCCUCCUUUCUCUCUCUCUCUCUCUCUCUCUCUCUCUUGCACACAUUCUCUGAAUUGUUCUCUUGUUCCUGUCCUCUCAGCGAUUCUCUCUCUCACACCCUUCUACGGCAGUUAGCCUCUCCCAUAAAACGAGAGACGCAGCUCACAUGAGAUUGAAUCUUUUCAAUAUCUUUGAAUGAAUGGUUUAGGAUUUUUUAUAAUACUGCGGGUGUAAAUUUUUGUAAAAUCUAUUAAGUUAAAAAAAGAUCUUUGAUGACAACAGUGGAGAAUUUUGUGAAUGAGGAGAAAGAUCUCAUGUGGGGAAGAGAAAUUCUUUUUGACCAUUUUGAUCCAUAAAAACUCGUAGUUAAGAUGCAGCCUGGAGGAAUUCUGCACAUGUUAUUUUCUGGGCUAUAAGUCCCAGAUCCAAUCAAAGAGUCCUGGCAAUAAAGAGCCCACCUUAAUACUUUGCAAGCUUUGUCCCUCAUUGUGGAAUUACAGUUCGAGUCUGGCUUCAAGGGUAGACAGGGAAAGGUAGGCAAGGGGGAUAUUUGUCAGUCCUGUUGAUCCCACAUAACAGGACAUUUAUGGAUGUGGGGAAAGGUGUUGGCAAUAGGUUCUGUAGACACACUAUAGCAACAGCUGGUGUCUACUUGAAAAUAUGAGACAUUAAAAUGUCCCACUUUCUACCUUUCUCUCUUUAAGUUGCAUUACCUCUCUCUGUUUUUUGUACCAGUAUCAGCUCAGGGUUCAUACUGUUCUAACACAAAACAUGUUGAGAUGGGCCUUGAAAGGUCCACCUUCUUUCUGUGAUGCAAAACACUACAUAAUUGUUGGCCAUUUGUGGAUAUCAGUGGAGAAUCCUUGUGGGAGGAGGUAGUUUCAAGGCCUCUGAUACACCGCCAAUAGUAACACAUGCAUUGUAACAGUCUGAUCUUUAUAAAAAGGCAGCAUCUGACUUAUUGGGGCCUUUCAACUGCAAAUUGCAUUUUUAUUCUCUUUUGAUUAAUUGAUUCUGCCAAACUGUGUGGAUUUGUAGUUGUUUCUGGGAACAAAGGGUGGUGGGGGCAGUUUCUUCUGUUCCUUGCGAGCCUGAACCAGUUUAUUGGACAUGGACUCCAUGCUAUACUAGUGGGGCCCUUUGUUGUUCUGGGGUCAAUGACUAACAAGCAAGGGAGGAAUUAUUGGAGUUUUGUUUGGAGCCAACCCUCUCAGAUUCUCCACUAAGUUAUUAAAAGUGGAAUAAGGGCUGAAGUUUGUGAGCAGGUUUGUCUUACUAAGAUUGACAAGUAGGUGGGAUCACAUUUUACCCAGCUGCCUGCAUUUGCUCCCACCCCUCUCUAUGCCAUCUGCUUGUACACAAACUUCCGCCUGACUCUUGUGGCUUGUUUCUCCAAACUACAGAAAGAUUGGGCACUACUUUUUUUUUGAAUAGAGAGGGGAGAGCCUACCACACACUGGACUCACCAUGCCCACAACUUUGGGUGUAAGUAGCACAAGCCUGCCCCCUACAGACCUACCCAUCUCACGGGCUCCUUGAUAUUGGUAAAAGCUUCACCUCACCAGUUGAAACACCUCACAAGUCUUUCUUGUCUUUUUAAACUCAAAAGGAAUGUAUUAAAUGUCAAUAUGGUAGUCUCGUUUUUCAUUUUACUGUUAAUUGUUUGAUUGGUUCAUUUAUUGUCAAUAACCUCCAAGACUAAGAUUCUUCAGAAAUCAGUGUUGUUGAGUCUUUCUUUACUGUGUUAUUUUAUUUUGUUGCAUAAAGAAAAAUAACAGAAAGAAAGGGACAUAGUCACCCGUUUACUACAUGUUUGGU